UGUUGAACUGGAUAGGCCUAAUGCAGUAGCAGUCACUGGUGGUGUAAUAGAUACCAUGACCAGAACACUCUCUCCUAGACCCUGACAUUUGCUUCCCUCUCAUGUUCUUAUCCAAUGGUGUGACUAUAACCCUCUCUGUUAGAGAGAAUUUCCCCAAGCGUUCAAGGCAGGAAGUCACACAAAACUAGCAACGUCAUGAGGAGCCGAAGUAAUUCUGGGGUGAAACUCGACAAUUAUGUACGGAUGGUUAGCAAAACGAUACUCUGUCACCAGGAUCCAGUGACGGGGCUUCUCCCUGGGGACCUGGGUAAUCAUCACGCCUGGGUACGGGACAAUGUCUACUCAAUCCUGUCCGUCUGGGCCCUCAGCCUGGCCUACCGUAAAAACGCUGACCGGGAUGAAGACAAGGCCAAGGCCUACGAGCUGGAACAGAAUGUAGUGAAACUCAUGAGGGGCCUCCUGCAGUGUAUGAUGAGACAGCUAGACAAAGUGGAGAUGUUCAAAUACAGCAAGAGCACUUCUGACUCCUUGCACGCCAAGUAUAACUCCCAAACCACUGCCACAGUGGUGGGAGACGAAGAGUGGGGCCACCUUCAGGUGGAUGCCACCUCCAUCUUCCUGCUGUUCCUGGCUCAGAUGACUGCAUCAGGCCUUCACAUCAUCUACACUCGAGAUGAAGUCGACAUCAUCCAGAAUCUCAUGUUCUACAUCGAGGAUGCAUACAAAGUCGCAGAUUUUGGAAUGUGGGAACGCGGGGACAAAACAAACCAGGGGAUUCCAGAGAUCAACGUCAGCUCAAUCGGCAUGGCAAAAGCUGCUCUUGAGGCCCUGGAUGGGCUCAAUCUGUUUGGAGCCAAAGGCGGUCAUGAAUCUGUAGUUCAUGCGCUAGCCGACGAUAUUCAGCGCUGCACGUCCAUCCUCAGUUCCAUGCUGCCAAGAGCCUCCAUGUCCAAAGAGGUGGACGCCGGAGUACUCUCUGUAAUCUCUUACCCAGCUUUUGCUGUCGAAGACAUUGACAUUGUUAAUGUCACCAAAGAGGAAAUUAUCACCAAGUUGCAGGGGAGAUAUGGAUGCUGCCGGUUCCUCAGAGAUGGACACAAAACCCCAAGAGAGGAUCCUAAUCGCAUAUACUACGAGUCGUCUGAGUUGAAACUCUUUGAGAAUAUUGAAUGUGAGUGGCCCCUGUUCUGGACUUAUCUCAUUCUGGAUGGGAUCUUCAUCAACAGCCCUGAGCAGGUGCAAGAAUACAGAGAGGCCCUGGAGGCCAUUUUGAUCAAACAAAAGGACGGCAUCAAUCUGGUUCCUGAGCUCUACAGCGUCCCGCCAAACAAAGUAGACGAGGAGUAUGCAAAUCCCCAUUCUGUUGAGAGGGUUCCCAUGGGAAAACUACCUAUUAAAUGGGGACAGUCUCUGUACGUACUGGGAAGCCUGCUGGCUGAUGGCCUUUUAGCCCCAGGGGAGAUUGAUCCUCUGAAUCGACGGUUGUCCACUGUGUCCAAACCUGACGUGGUGGUUCAAGUGUCUAUCUUUGCUGAGACGGAGCAUAUCAAAAAUCUGUUGCUGAAGCAAGGGAUAGAUGCUGAGACCGUAGAGGACAUUCAUCCUAUCAGAGUCCAACCGGCCAGGGUGUUGAGCCACAUCUAUGCAAGGCUAGGUCGUAACCAGAGACUUGGCCUCAGUGGAAGACCAUACAAACGUAUAGGCACCCUGGGGACAUCCAAGUUCUACAUCAUACGUAACACUGUCUUCUCCUUCACGCCCCAGUUCAUUGAUCAUCAGGAAUUUUACUUGGCAUUGGACAACCACAUGAUAUUGGAGAUGCUGCGCAAUGACCUGUCCUACCUGGCUUCCCGUUGGAGAAUUACCGGAUGUCCCACCGUCACCUUCCCCAUCUCAUCCAACAUGCUCACUGAUGACCACAAAGAGCUGGACCCUGCAGUAUUAGCAGUUCUGAGGAAACUACAAGAUGGCUACUAUGGAGGAGCAAGGAUUCAGACCGGGAAACUGUCCAAGUUGAAGAAUACUUCCUGUUGCUCUCAAAUGUCCUUUAUGGACGAUGCGGUGGAUGACCUGGCAAAGUACCUGGACCAGUUGCUUUCUGUGCCAAAGCACAGCGAGACGAUCAGCUCCCAUAAAGGCGGACUGAACCGUUUCCGGGCUCUGGCCAGAAAGACCUGUGAUAUGGUAUCACUGGUACACAAAGCCAGGGAACUCGACGUCCAAAACGUGUACCUUUACCUCCCUACCAGGCUGUUCUGCGCCCCUCAGCCAGGCCUUCACCUGGAGAACGGAGAUGGGAUGGUGACCGCUCCGGCCCAGAUGAACCUGCCCAGGGACACAAAGGGAGAUAUAGACUACCAGGCCCUGGUACAGGUGCUGAAGCAGACCCGAAGCCUACAGGACCAGGCAGACAUCUUGUACAUUUUGUUCAAGGACAAGGGUAUGAUUUGGGACACUAAGUUACACGGCGAAGGCUCCACUGUCAGACGGCUGCUGAGCAAUCUGUAUGACAAGGCUGGGAAACUCAAACACUGGGGCCUCAUCCGCAUGAUCUCCGGCUUGCUGAAGAAGAAAGUGGAUGAGCUGGAAGAGGCCUGUUCAGAUCUGCUUGCCCAUCAGAAGCACCUGACAGUGGGUCUCCCCCCUGAGCCAAGAGAGAAGACCAUUUCAGCACCCAUGCCUCCUGACAAGUUGGCUAAACUGAUUGACGUGGCCAGUGAAAAUAAUCUGAUCAUCGCUGUUCUUACUCAGGAGGUAAUGGUGUUCCUGGCGAUGUGUAUACGCACCCAACCCAGCCUCUUCAGUGAGAUGUUCCGUCUCAGGACCGGUCUCAUCAUCCAGGUUAUGGCUACUGAGCUGGCCCAGUCUCUCAACUGCUCUGGUGAGGAGGCCACUGAGAGCCUGAUGAACAUGAGUCCGUCCGAGCUGAAGAACCUCCUGCAUCACAUCCUCAGUGGGCGAGAGUUUGGGCUGAUGAAGAGUGUUCGUUCUGGGGCCGCACUUACAGAUUCUAUUGUCAUCCAGGAUAUUUCUCCAAACACAAAGAGUGUGGGCAAGUCCAAACAUAAGAGACCAGUCAAUAUGUUGUCUUUAUCAGUGCAUUCCCUUGACAUUGAACACAUCGAAUCCGGGCGUUACAGACUCCCAUCCAUCGAGUUGUUCCAGGACCCUGCAGGACGGAGACCAAUGAGAGACGGCCGACAGGGCCAGUGGUUACGGAGGAGACGUCUAGACGGAGCCCUCAACAGAGUGCCGGUCGGCUUCUACCAGAAGGUCUGGGCCAUCCUCCAGAAGUGUGAUGGUCUGUCCAUUGAGGGCACCGUUCUUCCAGCUUCAACCACGCGAGAGAUGACGCCUGGCGAGAUCAAGUUUGCGGUGCACGUGGAGACGGUGCUGAACCGUGUUCCCCAGCCGGAGUACCGCCAGCUGCUGGUAGAGGCCAUCCUGGUGCUCACCCUCCUGGCUGAGGUGGAGCUGGAAAGCAUCAGCAGAGUCAUCCACGUAGAGAAGAUCGUCCACAUGGCCAGCGACAUGUUCUAUGACGACCAGAAAGUGCUAGGGGCUGACCACAUCCUUCUGGAGCGAGAUCAAGCCAAUGGGAUCUGCAGGCUGCUGUACGACAGCGCCCCUAGUGGCCGCUUUGGCUCCAUGACAUACCUCUCCAAAGCUGUGUGCGUGUACGUCCAGGACUUCCUGCCCAGCGGUGCCUGUGCCAUCCAAUGAGCCUCCACGUUGCCAUGUCCUCCAAUUGGCUUUCAACAAUGCUUACCUUAGCAGGGAUUAGGAUUUAAGAUUUUAUCAUUGUCGUCCAACCUUUUUCUCGUGAAGGUUAAUUUGUUUUGAUAGAUCACGUACAGCAGCAUGACUAUGCCUGACAUUGACUGGAAGACAAUCCCUAUGAGGGGUCUCAGUGUUUUAAAUACCAGGCUAUUCUGAUAACAUAGCUGAUUCUUAUUCAAAUGCAUGUGGAGAUUUCCAGGCGUGUUACUAUUCACAGCAGAUACUUCAUGUUUGUGACAGAAAUAUCGUUCUGUCCACUCAUGUCAUAGUGAGCGAUUGCUGCAUUACUCGUUUUUCUGAAUGCAGCUUCCUUUGCUGCCUUAGAAAAGGGUCCUUUUCAUUUGUGUUUUUGUGACAGUUGUACUGUAAGGAUGUGUCAUUUUCCUGUGUUUUUGUGACAGUUGUACUGUAAGGAUGUAUCAUUUUCCUUUGUGUUUUUGUGACAGUUGUACUGUAAGGAUGUGUCAUUUUCCUUUUGUGUUUUUGUGACAGUUGUACUGUAAGGAUGUUUGACUGAUAAAGUGCUUUUUCUCUCCACCAUA